UCCGGGGGAGCGCCUGUUAACUUGGACUGUAAUUACACGCUCUCCUCCCGGUUUCCUCCGUUUCGUCGUCAUGCUUUACGGCUUUUAAACCCGCCGUCCGGAGGUGGGACAGAGGGGGGAAACCACCUUGCACGGAUCAGCAAGAGUUUGGUGCUGCGACUCUUCUUUUCUCUCUUUUCUUUUUGGAUUGGUUUGCUUUGGACCGCAGUCGUCCUGCCGGAGCGCAGCGCAGCGCAGCGGAGCCGGUGCGCUUCUUUCCCUCUCUGCUCUCCUACGCGCAAUUUUUAACCAGAAACGCAGGAUAUUCCCUGGUUUGUGUUUUUUUGGCACUCCAGAACGCCAAUAAUGCGAUCUGAGCGCCGCUUUGAUUUGAGCUAAAGACACACACGCCGCGUUUUCCUUCUCCUUUGGAUUUAUUGCCCUCUCUGGCUGGCACCAUGGGCGGAUGGUGGAUAUUCGUCGGCGCUCUGGCCGGGAUCCUCACCGUCCCCCGCGGGAUACACGGAGCUUGCGUCUACCAGGGAGCGCUGUAUGCGAACAACUCGUCGUGGCGGCCGCAGUCGUGUCAGGAGUGCAGCUGCUACAGCGACGUGGCGAUCUGCAGGCCCACCACCUGCCCCAACCCACAGUGUGACUUCCACAGGGGUGAGCGUUUGAGGAUCCCUGCCAACAAGUGCUGUCCAGAGUGCGUCUCCCCCUCGCAGGGCUCCUGCCAGCAUGAAGGAGUUGUUUAUGGACACGACAGUCAGUGGAGUCCCUCCCAGUGUUCGGUGUGCAUUUGCUCCAGAGGCAGCGUGUCCUGCUCCCCGCCGCCCUGCCCCCCUCUCCACUGUCCCGCAGACCAGAGCCCCUUCACCCCGGAGGGAGAGUGCUGCCCCAAGUGUGGCCGCCAUGGAGAGUCGUGCUCUUGGCAGGGACGGAUGUACAGGGACGGAGAAGAGUGGAAGCCCAGUGUGUGUUCGAAGUGUGUGUGCAGCGACGGUGAAGUCCAGUGUUCGGCUGCAGAGUGUCAGCAAGUGGCCUGUGAACCGCAUGAGAACUUGGUGAUCCCGGCUGGUCAGUGCUGCCCUCAGUGUGUGUCCAACCCCUGCCUGUCCGCUGGGAAACAGUACCAGCACGGCGAGCAGUGGCAGAAGAACAGCUGCACCACAUGUGUGUGUGACCGCGGUCAGUCACGUUGCCGCACACACACCUGUCGCCCUGUCACCUGUGACAAGGGCCAGACCAAAGUGAAGCGCGCCGGGCAGUGCUGCGACGAGUGCGCCGCCGCCAAGGGCAGCUGCCUGUACGAGGGCACGGUGCGUUACCAUGGAGACAUGUGGAACGGGACGGGGUGCGAGUUCUGCACCUGCAACCGGGGUCAGGUCCUGUGCCAGAGGGCCGAGUGCGGCCGCGUCGAAUGCUCACAGGGUGAGGAGCUCGUUCACCUGCCGGGGAAGUGCUGCCCAGAGUGUUCGUCCGUGAAAUCGUCCUGUUUGCACCAGGGGCAAACGCAUGAGAACUUGGCUCGCUGGACUGAUGGCGCUUGCAGGGAGUGUGAAUGUCGCGACACUCAGGUGACGUGUUACCUGCGCUCCUGCCCCACCUGCCCACCGGGCACCCUGGCCGCCACCCAGGAGGGACGCUGCUGCCCAGAGUGUCAACAAGCCCAGUGCCACGCAGACUGCCUGUCCUGCUCGGGGAGUCCUGACCACUGUGAGAGCUGCCGGGACCCGAAGGCUUUCCUGCACAACGGCCGCUGUCUGUCCGUCUGUCCCGCCGGCUUUUACCCGGACGGACGCGCUUGUGCAGCCUGCCAGCCGUCCUGUGCCAGCUGUACCAGCGGCUGGGAGUGCCAGUCCUGCCGCUCGCCGCUGCCCCUGCUGAGCACCCACAGCGGCCAGUGUCUGGCUUCCUGCCCGCCGGGGUCCUACCAGCACGACCGCGCACACUGCCGCCGCUGUCACGAGUCGUGCUCCGAGUGCCGCGGCCCGGGCCAGCAGGAGUGUGUGACGUGCUCCGACUCGGCUGCCUUGCUCAAGGGCGGCGCCUGCGUCCCCGACUGUGGAUCAGGAUACUACAGCCAGCAGGGCGUCUGCCACGCCUGUGAUUCAUCCUGCGCCACCUGUUUCCCUGACAACCCCAAGUGCAUGAGCUGCCCGCCGGGGACCGCCUUGCAUCAUGGGAAAUGUAUUUCGCAGUGCCCAGCCCGGCAUUACCAAGACAGCCACAGCAGAUGCAGAGCCUGCCACAGCUCCUGUGCAGCGUGCUGGGGUCCCUCGGUAUCCCAGUGUACCUUGUGUCCCGGCGGCCUCACACUCCACCAGGGACAGUGUGUGGAGGCGUGCGGCGAGGGGCUGUACGCCCACGACAACACCUGCCACAAUUGCCACCCCUCCUGUCGUUCCUGUGUGGGACCGCUGGCCUCUGACUGCCUCCGCUGCCUGAAACCAGAGGAAGCCCUGCAGCCGCAGUCGAGUCACCUCCAGCACGGCGUCUGCACGGCCGGAUGUCCCGCGCACUUCUACCUGGACGAGACGCGGACAUGCAGAGAGUGCCACCCGUCCUGCCAGCACUGCACCACAGGAAGCGCCGACAACUGCACUUCCUGUCCGUCACCGACCAGCCUCCAUGAGGGCCGCUGCGUCCCGUCCUGCCCGCAAGGCUUCUAUAUCCAGGACAACAGCUGCCAAGCGUGCCACCCGUCCUGUCAGAGCUGCUCCGGGCCGUCCCAGGCCGACUGCACCUCCUGCCCCCCUCUGGUCUCGCUGCACAACGGCUACUGCAGGAGCGGCUGCCCUGAGGGACUCUUCCUCAACCCCGCCACCGCAGACUGCAGCAGGUGCAGUGAGGACUGUCAGCGGUGCACUGCAGACCUGCAGACGGGCGUGGGCAGUGUGUGUCUGUGGUGUCGAGAGGCCAGGAUGUGGCUGCACGGCGACCACUGCGUCGCCCACUGCCCGCCAGGCCACUACGGCUGGCACGGCGCCUGCACAGCGUGCCAUUCGUCGUGUGAGUCCUGCAGCGGGGCGGGGCCUCUGUCCUGCACUUCCUGCCCCGCCCACAGCGUCCUCUUGCCCUCAGGUGUCUGUGCUCCCGCCUGUCCCCUCGGUUACUAUGACAACGGUCACAGGGUGUGUCAGGCGUGCGACAGCCAGUGCCUGACCUGCGACGCGGCGGGCGUCUGCACGUCUUGCCGUGACCCGGCGAAGGUGCUGCAGUUCGGAGAGUGCCAGUACGACAGCUGCGCCCAUCAGUACUACCUCAACACCACGACCCGCGCCUGCAGAGAGUGCGACUGGAGCUGUAACGCCUGUCGAGGGCCCCUGCGCAGCGACUGCCUGCAGUGCAUGGAGGGAUACGCUCUGCAGGACGGGGUGUGCGCCCAGGGCUGCUCCCCCGGCUCCUAUCAGGACGGAGACAGAUGCCUCGGUUGUGAUGAGCACUGCGUGGAGUGCCAGGGUCCCGGCCGCUGCCAGCGAUGCCAGCCUCCCUACGCCACCCUGCAGGGCCAGUGUGUGCUCGAAUGCGGCAGAAACCACUUCCUAGACGCCUCCUCGCAAGUUUGCAAACCUUGCUCGUCGGACUGCGUGCUGUGUGACGGAGUCGGCCGCUGCACCGCCUGUCGCGAUCAAACCUACCUCAUGGAGGGAUACUGCACCCCCGACUGCGGACAUGGAUACUACGCUGACAGGAAGACCCGCACCUGUCACGCCAACGCCCACCCCCCCACCCUGCAGGCCAACGGCUCCCUCAUGGUUCCACUCGGAGGUUUUGCCCCGCUGACCUCCGCCCUGCUGAGGGUCCGGGACCCCGACAGCCCCGCCGAACGCCUCGUCUUCCAGCUCGUCCAGGCGCCGAGCAACGGGCGCCUGGUCCUGUUCAGAGGAGGAGAAGAGGAGGAGGAGGAGGCGGAGGGAGGCCGAGGGAAGAGAGGGAGAGAGCUGACCAGGGAGGACACCUUCACCUGGGCGGAGCUGAAGGCCGGACGGGUCCGAUUCAAACACCAGAAAGACAAAACCAGGAGCGGACACUUCAGCUUGCGUGUUGCCGACCCUCAGCUCUUCUCACAACCAGAGACGGUUCAAGUUCAUGCCGUGUCCAUGCAGGCUCCGAGGAUCGUGACGCUCACCGCCUUGCCGGUGGAGAACCGUGGGGCAUCAGCCACCAUCACCAAGUCGGUCCUCCAGAUCGAUGACCCCGACAACCCGGCCGACGUCCUGGUCAUGGUCCUCGAACCGCCCCGCCACGGCCGGCUGACCCGUCUCCACGGCGACCGGGCUGUGAGCCAGUUCAAGCUGGAGGAGUUGUCACGGGAACAGAUCCAGUACAUCCACGACGGCUCGGACAAAGAGGAGGACGGGUCGGUUCUGCAGGUCAACGACGGACACAGCUACCAGAACAUUCUGCUGCAAGUCCACAUCGCUCAGACGGCGUCCCACUCCCCUCAGGUGCUGUCGGUGCCGAUGACCUGGGUGAGGGAGGGCGGCAUGGUGCGACUGGGUAAGAAACACCUGCAGGCGGAGCACAAGGGCGUCGCUGCUGAAGACAUCAUCUACAACAUCGUCGACUCUGACCAGAACCCCAAAUACGGUGAGGUGCUGCUGGUGUCCAUGCCAGCCGACGGCCCGGCAGAGUCCUGGCAGCCGUCGCUGGCAGGCGACAGGCACUCGACGCCCACCAGCUCCUUCACCCAGCAGGACGUCGACGACGGCGCCGUCUGGUACCGCCACUUCGGCACGGGGACAAACAGCGACGCCUUCCAGUUCCAGGUGUCCACCGAGGGCCUGUCAGCGGCCCAGAGCGACGCCCGGACCUUCACCAUAGGAGUGCUGCCCCAGGCGCCCGGUUUCCCCCAGCUCGCCCCGGACUGCGACCUGCAGAUCACGGCUUUGGAGGACCGCGUAACGGAGAUAACACCUUCAGCUCUGUCCUUCGUCGACUCGGAGACUCCCAGCGAGAAGCUCAUCUACAACAUCACCAAACCCCUGCCGCACGGACAAGGUGCCAUCGAGCAUCGCGACCGGCCGCACAAAGCCGCGACACAUUUCACGCAGGCCGACAUCAACAACGGCAAGAUCGUCUACCGGCCGCCGCAGGCCCCCUCCCACCUGCAGGAGCUCUACCAGUACUCCUUUACUGGUCUGCCUGAGUCGCUGAGCGUCUAUUUCACAGUGUCUGACGGUGAACACACCACCCCUGAGUUGGACUUUGCCAUCCUGCUGCUGUCGAACCACCAGCAGCCGCCGGUGUUUCAGGUGCUCGACCCGCUGCUGGAGGUCAGCAAGGGAGGCCAGGCUGCUGUCGGUGGGCAGCAGCUUGCGGUGAGCGAUGCCGACACGGCUCCAGACGAGCUGGAGUUCGAGCUGGUGGAGGCUCCUGUCCACGGAGAGCUGAUCAAGACCGACGGCAACACACACACCAGCAUGAGCAAUGGUGACACCUUCACCUUCAGCGACGUCACCCGUAACGUCCUGCUGUACCGCCACGCCGGCCUCUCCGCGCAGGAGGACGCCAUCACCUUCUCUGUCAGCGACGGCAUCUCCAUGGCAACCACGGUGGUGCAGGUGGUGGUGAUGGGCGCCGGGGGCGACGGGCCGCAGCGCGACCCGGCCGCCGCGCUGUCGCUGGAGGUGGGAGAGAAGAGCAGCACGGUGAUCCGGCGCUCGCACCUCGCCUACACCGACAGCUCUUCCCCGGACGACCAGAUCCGGAUCCAGCUGGUGUCGGUGCCCAUGUACGGCAUCCUGACCCGGAGCCAGUCGCAGCAGGAGCACCAGGAGCUGAGGGAGUACUCCUACUUCACCAUGGAGGACAUCAACAAGCACAGGAUCAGGUACAUCACCUCCUUUGAGACGGGGGGCCAGCCGGUCACCGACAUCUUCCACUUUGUCGUGUACGACGGCGACAACAAUCGCCUUGACAACCAGAUGUGCACCAUCACCAUCACCUCGACGCCCAGGAAGCCGCCGGCCGUCUCCGUGCGCAGCGGCAUCAAGGUGCAGGAAGGUGGGCGGGUCCAGCUGUCCACCAAUCACAUCAUCGUGUCGGACCUGGACACGCCCAGGAAGGAGCUGCUGGUUUGGCUGGUCAGUCCUCCAAAGUACGGCUUCAUCGAGAACACCAAGAGAGGGGGCUCAGUUGGCGGCUCACGGGUUGUCACCGCAGACGCUCCGUUCACCGUGGAGGACCUGAUGUCGGACCACAUCUUCUACGUUCAGGACGGCCAGAAGAAAACAGCGGCCAAGCAGGACGUGUUCAGCUUCUACAUCAGCGACGGACACAGCCAGACCGAGGCCUUCAACAUCGAAAUCGACAUCCAGAGUAACGAGGACAGAAAGCCGCUGGUGUCGGUCAGCAGCAUCCACGUGGAGGAAAACUCUGGAGUCGUCAUCACCAACUCGUCUCUCAACGUGCGCGACCAGGACACCCCGGAGAACGAGAUCCUCUUCACCGUCGUCAGAAAGCCCUCAUAUGGUAAACUGCGCAGACGUCAGUUCUACUCCGAGCCUCUGGAGAACGGGCGCGUCCUGUUGCAGGGCGCCACCUUCACCUACCAGGACGUCCUGGACCAGCUGCUGGUCUACACGCCCGAAACCGUCAGCGGGGGCGCCGACGAGCUGGGCUUCACGCUCACAGACGGCAUCUACACCCACACGGGCCGGCUGGAGUUCACCAUGGACGUCAGGAGGAGCGAGGGGCCGCGCAUGACCGUCAACAGAGGCCUGCAGCUGGCCGCCGGGUCCUCGUCUAAGAUCACCGAGCAGAACCUGAAGGGGACGGACAUCGACUCGGACAGCCUGAAGUUGAGGUACGUCCUCACCAAAGACCCUCCGGCCGGCAAACUCCUGCUGAGCAAGGCCGGACGUCCUGAGAAGGUCUCAGUGAAGGGUCCUGUCCAGAGCUUCACCCAGGAAGACGUCAACAAAGGCCUGCUGGAGUACAGCCAUGACAAAGGGGAAAAGGGAGGCAGCCUCUCUUUCAAGUUCAACCUGCUGGACCCCGAAGGCAACAAACUGAUCGACCAGUCUUUCUUCAUCAGCGUGCUGGAGGACCGCCUGCCCCCCUCGGUGGUGGUCAACAAAGGCCUGGUGCUGGACGAGAACACCGCGAAGAAGCUGACCACCACGCAGCUGUCCGCCAGCGACCAGGACAGCGAGCCGGCCGAGCUCGUCUACCGCAUCACCAAGCAGACCGGCCUGGGUCACCUGGAGCACGCCGCCCAGCCAGGCACUCGGAUCAGCUCGUUCACCCAGGCUGACCUGGCGUCACGCAGCAUCCAGUACGUCCACACCAGCGAAGAAGAAAAGCACGCCGACCAGUUUUCCUUCACCGUGUCGGACGGGGCGAACGAGGUUGCACAGACGUUCUACAUCACCAUCAGGCCGGUGGACGACUCCCUGCCGCUGCUGCAGGUUCCUGGCAUGAGAGUCCAAGAGGGAGUGAGGAAGACCAUCACCGAGUUUGAGCUGAAGGCCACCGAUGCGGACACAGAGGCCGAGUCCGUCGUCUUCACCGUCGUCCAGCCGCCGCGUCACGGCACCAUCGAGCGCACGAGCAACGGGCAGCACUACCGGCAGACGGGCAGCUUCAGCAUGGACGACAUCUACCAGAACCGCAUCAGCUACAACCACGACGGCUCCAACUCGCUGAAGGACCGCUUCACCUUCACCGUGUCCGACGGCACCAACCUGCUGUUCAUGGUGGAGGAGGCGGGCAAGGAGAUUGUGACGGCGGCGCCUCAGAAGUUCAAGAUAGAUAUUCUGCCGGUGGACGACGGCACGCCACGCAUCGUCACCACUGGGCUGCAGUGGCUGGAGUACAUGGACAACAAGGCCACCAACCUGAUCACCAAGAAGGAGCUGCUGACGAUGGACCCGGACACCGACGACGGGCAGCUUGUGGACGACGUCACCGCCGAACAACACGGCUUCCUGGAGAGCAAACUCAAACCCGGAAACCCCAUCACCUCCUUCACACAAGCCGAUAUCAACCUGGGCCUGAUCCGCUACGUCCUGCAUCAGGAGAACGUGCAGGAAACCAUGGACAACUUCAAGUUCCUGGUGAAAGACAGCAAGCCCAACGUGGUCAGCGACAACGUCUUCCACAUCCAGUGGUCCCUCAUCAGCUUCGAGCACAAAAGCUACAAUGUGAGUGAGAAGGCCGGCACGGUGGCCGUGACGGUGAAGCGAAGCGGCAACUUGAACCAGUACGCCAUCGUGCUGUGCCGCACCGAGCAGGGCUCCGCCUCCUCCACCAGCAGCGCCGGCUCCCGGCUGGGACAGCACGACUACGUGGAGUACGCCGGGCAGGUGCAGUUUGACGAGCGCGAGGACACGAAGGUCUGCACCAUCAUCAUCAACGAUGACAAGGUGUUCGAGGGGACUGAGAACUUCCACGUGGAACUGAGCAUGCCCGUUUACGCGCUGCUGGGCGCCACCACGCGAGCCGUCGUCAACAUCAACGACACCGAGGACGAGCCCACUCUGCAGUUCGACAAGAAAACCUACCAUGUGAACGAGAGCACCGGCUUCAUCCACGUUCCCAUCGAGAGGAAAGGUACGGAGCAAUCCACAAACAAAGACCACCGUCCUCGGCUUCUGUGUUACAACACCGUGGCCAAGUCGGCUCAGGGCAGCAGCCUUCACGCCCUCGAGUCCGGCUCCGACUACAAGAGCCGCGGCAUGAGCAACGACAACCGGGUCAUCUUCGGCCCCGGCGUCAGCAUGUCCACCUGCGACGUCAAGCUCAUCGACGACACGAGUAAGAGCUGGUCGGAGGAGUUCGAGCUGGUGCUGUCGGACGCCUCGGAUAACGCCCGCAUGGGGGACGUGACGGUGGCCAAGGUGGUCAUCGACGGGCACGACGCGUCGACCGUCUCUCUGGGGAACGCGACGUUUACGUUCAGUGAAGACGCCGGUACAAUUGAAAUACCGGUGCUGCGCCACGGCAGCGACCUCUCCUCGGUGACCUCUGUGUGGUGCGCCACCCGACCCUCAGACCCGCCCUCAGCCAGCCCGGGGGUCGACUACAUCCCCAGCUCCAAGAAAGUGGAGUUCAAACCAGGAAAGACUGAGGAGACGUGCAGUCUGACCAUCAUGGACGACGUCCAGAACCCGGCCAUCGAGGGGCCCGAGUCCUUCGUGGUCUUCCUGAGUUCGCCUCAGGGGGCCGUCCUGCAGGAGCCCUACGAGGCCAACGUGGUCAUCACUGACACCUUCCAGGACAUUCCCAGCAUGCAGUUUGAGAAGAGCGCCUACACGGUGAAGGAGAAAGAUGGCGUCCUCCACAUCCCCAUCAUCCGCACAGGCGACCUGUCCUUCAAGUCGUCGGUGCGCUGUUUCACCCGGACCAUGACGGCCAUGGUGAUGGACGACUUCGAGGAGAGGAGGAACGCCGACGACUCCCGCAUCACCUUCCUCAAGGGAGAGAAGGUGAAGAACUGCACGGUCCACAUCAACGACGACUCCGUUUUCGAGCCCGAGGAGGAGUUCCAGGUGCAUCUUGGGACGCCGCAGGGCGACCACUGGAGCGGCGCCAUGGUGGGCGCCAGCGACAUCGUCACCAUCACCAUCACCAACGAUGAAGAUGCUCCCACCAUCGAGUUCGAGCAGGCGUCCUACCAGGUCAGAGAGCCUCCUGGUCCAGACGGCAUCGAGGUGCUCAACAUCAAGGUGAUCCGCCACGGCGACCUGGACCGCACCUCCAAGAUCCGCUGCAGCACCCGGGACGGGUCGGCCCAGUCCGGAGUCGACUACAACCCCAAGAGCCGCGUGCUGAAAUUCACACCUGGCAUGGACCACAUCCUGUUCAAAGUGGAGAUUCUGUCCAAUGAGGACCGGGAGUGGCAUGAGUCCUUCUCAUUGGUCCUCGGCCCUGACGAUCCUGUGGAGGCGGUGCUCGGAGAGAUCACCAUGGCAACCGUGACCAUCCUGGACCAGGAGGCUGCAGGCAGCCUCAUCCUGCCUGCUCCGCCCAUCGUCGUCUCGCUCUCCGACUACGACCACGUCCAGGAGGUCACCAAAGAGGGCAGUAAGAAGACGCCGUCGCCCGGUUACCCCCUGGUGUGCGUCACCCCCUGCGACCCCCACUACCCCAAGUUCUCUGUGAUGAAGGAGCGCUGUGAGGAGGCGGGCAUCAACCAGACCCAGGUUCACUUCUCCUGGGAGGUGGCGGCGCCCACGGACGCCAGCGGCGCCCGGUCCCCCUUUGAGACGGUCACAGAUAACACGCCGUAUACCAGCGUUAACCACAUGGUCCUGGACAGUAUUUACUUCAGCCGGCGUUUCCACGUGCGCUGCGUGGCUCAGGCCAGAGACAAGGCCGGUCACCUGGGAACGCCGCUGCGGAGCAACAUCGCCACCAUCGGCACCGACGGCUCCAUCUGCCACACCCCCGUUACCACGGGAACCGCCCGAGGCUUCCAGGCCCAGUCCUUCAUUGCCACGCUCAAAUACCUGGACGUGAAGCACAAGGAGCAUCCCAACAGGAUCCACAUCUCGGUGCAGAUCCCCCAUCAGGACGGCAUGCUGCCGCUGGUGUCCACCAUGCCUCUGCACAACCUGCACUUCCUGCUGUCAGAGUCCAUCUACCGCCAGCAGCACGUCUGCUCCAACCUGGUCACCCUGAAGGACCUGCACGGCCUGUCCGAGGCGGGUUUCUUGGACGACGUGUCCUAUGACAGCAUCUCCCUGGGACCCGGUUACGACCGUCCCUACCAGUUCAACCCCAACAUCCGAGAGGCCAAGAGCAUCCAGCUCUACAAGCACCUGAACCUCAAGAGCUGCAUCUGGACCUUCGACGCCUACUACGACAUGACCGAGCUCAUCGACGUCUGCGGCGGCUCGGUCACCGCCGAUUUCCAGGUGCGUGACUCGGCCCAGUCCUUCUUGACGGUGCAGGUUCCUCUCUAUGUGUCUUACAUCUACGUGACGGCGCCGAGAGGCUGGGCAUCUCUGGAGCAUCACACCGAGAUGGAGUUCUCCUUUUUCUACGACACCGUGCUCUGGAGGACAGGCAUCCAGACCGACAGCGUGCUCUCUGCCAGACUGCAGAUCAUCAGGAUCUACAUCAGAGAAGAUGGACGACUGGUGAUUGAGUUCAAAACCCACGCCAAAUUCAGAGGUCAGUUUGUCCCUGAACACCACACGCUGCCGGGUCACAAGUCCCACCUCAUGGCCCCCGACCACCUGGGAGGCAUCGAGUUUGACCUGCAGCUGCUGUGGAGCGCCCAGACCUUCGACUCACCGUACCAGCUGUGGAGAGCCACCAGCUCCUACAGCAGGAAGGAUUACUCCGGAGAGUACACGGUCUUCCUGAUCCCCUGCACCGUCCAGCCCACUCAGCCCUGGAUCGACCCUGGAGACAAGCCGCUGUCCUGCACCGCCCACGCACCGGAGAAGUUCCUGGUGCCCAUCGCCUUCCAGCAGACCAACCGUCCGGUCCCUGUGGUCUACUCCCUCAACACCGAGUUCCAGCUGUGUAACAACGAGAAGGUCUUCAUGAUGGAUCCAGCCGCCGCCGAUGUCUCCAUGGCUGAGAUGGACUACAAGGGAGCUUUUUCAAUGGGCCAGACACUGUACGGCCGGGUGCUGUGGAAUCCUGAGCAGAACCUGAACGCAGCGUACAAGCUGCAGCUGGAGAAAGUCUACCUGUGCACCGGCAGGGACGGCUAUGUUCCCUUCUUCGAUCCCACGGGGACGCUGUACAACGAGGGCCCGCAGUACGGCUGCAUCCAGCCCAACAAGCACCUGAAACAUCGCUUCCUGCUGCUGGACCGGAAACAGCCUGACGUGUGCGACAGGUAUUUCCAUGACGUUCCCUUCGAGGCCAACUUCGCCUCCGACAUCCCGGAGCUGCAGGACAUGGCAGGCAUGCCCGGCGUCGACGGUUUCACCAUGAAAGUCGACGCCCUCUACAAGGUGGAGGCGGGGCACCAGUGGUAUCUGCAGGUAAUCUACGUGAUUGGUCCAGAGUCGCGGUCCAGUCCCAGAAUGCAGCGCUCUGUGACCUAUCAGCUGGGCCGCCGCUCCCGCCGCGACCUGGUGGACCGCAGCGGGCGGCUGACGCUGGACGAGUCGCUCAUCUACGACAACGAGGGCGACCAGAUGAAGAACGGCACCAACAUGAAGUCCCUGCGCCUGGAGACGGCGCCCGCCGCCUCCUUCAACCCGCACGUGGGCAGCUCGGUGGGCGGGGGCGUGGCCGCCCUGACGCUGCUGGUGCUCGUGCUGCUGGCCUCCUGCUUCCUGUUCCGCCGCUGCCGCCGCUCGGGCAAGAAGAAGAGCAAGAAGGCGGGCAAAGCGUACGAGGAGUACCCGCUGAACACCAAGGUGGAGGUGUGCAUGGACAAGUGCCUGGAGAAGAACUUCAGCAGCAAGCACUGCACGGUGAGGAACAUCAACAUCCUCAACCGCACGCAGGAGCCCGCCGCCAAGGCCAAGGUCAAACAGGUCAACCUGGAGGUCAAGCUGCACAACAACCUCAACGACGGCACCGAGGUGUGAGCCCCCUGUCCACACGGGACGGGGAGGAGGAGCAGGAGGAGAAGGAGGAGAGAAAUCUGAUGAAAAAAUAAAUAUUAAUGGUAUUUUCUAAAAGAGAGUUUGUACUUAAAGGAAUGAGAUGUUUGUUUAAUGUAUUUUUAUACCGAGUCUGAAAAAGGGAAGAGCGCGACGUGCGGCCAGCUACGCGGCGACAAAAUCAUUUCACAACUGGGCUACCUCAGAAAUCCACGAACCGCUCAACAACAGUCCGUCACGCCACAUCUGCCGCCAGACUCCAGUCUGACACGUUAGGCACGGGAAAAUCAUUUUUUUUAACUUGACAUUUUUUCAUCCUUUCAGCACCAAAACGACGACUGGUAGCUCAGACACCGGCGACUCCCUGCUGUGUUCUGUCAUGUCACUGCUGUGGAGCUGGAGCCGCUGUACAAGUCCUCCUUCAUGCCUUUAUUCUGGAGAUUAGCAGCUCUUCAGUAUCGUAGAUUAGAGCAAAAUGAGUGUUUGUUUUUAGCUGCUGAGCUGUACUUACCAACUUUAAUGACUGAAAAGAGGAAAUCUCCAUCUGAACAAGUCAUUCAGUCUCAUAUUCACAGUUAAAAUCUUGUUUUUAAAAAGGAGUAAAAAUCUGCCAGUGGGAUGAGAUAAUCCCACUUUUUUCCCAUGUUAAUUAACUUGUUUUCAGACUUUUUUUUUUUUUUUUUCAUUUCCUUGAUUCUAGUGGGCUAAUCUGCCUUAUCCUGCCUUGUUUCCACAGAUUGAUACUUCCAUCCCAUUGGCAGGUUUUUACACGAGUUUGAGGAACAAACAUCAGAUUGAAUAUGAGAUUAAGUGACAGAUUUUUGGCAGCGGCCUUGCAGUGAAGUGUCGGACGGCUUGUGUAACGGCUGCAGCUGCUUCUAUGACCACUAUGAAAGUAUUAAAGCGCGGUCGGCGUGCUGCUGCUCGCCCGAGGCUCAACGAGUAAAGAGUGUAAAUAAUUAAUGAAACCAAUUCAAGUGCAAUUACGCCACGACUUUUUGUUAAUCCCUCCCUCAGCAGGUACUGUGUUUGCAUUUGAAUACGCGUCUAUUUCAGGCCUUACUUUUUUGACAUGUACUGUCACAUUGUAAAAACAUAUAUUGCCUCUUAUUUCAACUUUGUGAAACCACUAAUUUUGUUUUUUUAUUUUUGUUUUUACCUAUAGACAGCUGCCAAUAUUAAGUGCCAUGCAGUAUUCUUCCUCAUGAAUUUCAAAACUCGUCCAAAGUGUUUCUUUUUUUUCUUUUUCUUUUUGUAAUCCUGUAGUGAGAAAGUAAAAUUUCCAUUUGAUUGUAAUAUGAAACGCCGCAGAGGAAAAAGAAGGUGGUGUGCGCUUUGAAUGCGACUCUGCGGAGCGUUUUUGGGUUGCGAUCCCGUCCACAUCAUAGAACGCUUUAGCCUUACAACGCGUCCUCAAAUGAAUGAUCAUAUGUUUUUUAUCAUGUUAACAGUAUUUUCUAUGAGAUGUGUGUCUCCUGUUUGCCUUCGUUCUGCCCAAAGACACAAAAGCCCUCACUUUAUUUUAUUUUAUUUUCAUUUCAACACCCACUCCUCACCUCUGUCACCCCUUUUCCCCUCAUUAUGUAUCAUUAUGUUACCCUCAUAUGACGUAUUACUGUAUGUAUGUAUGACUCAGCUACUGAUGUACCCACACUGGUCACAUUUUGUAUUUUUAUUUGUGGAAGUGUCUGACACUGUUGGGAGAGAAAUGAGAGCUGAAGAGAACAAAAAAAAAAAAAAA